UAACAUUGAGUGAAACAGCCCUGACAUUGAAGUUAUGCGUUAUAGCAGCAGAAUCCAAAGAGUAGUAUCAGCAACUAGCAGAAUCAACAUUGCCAGCCAGCGUUGCCCGCUUAGAACUGUUGCGUGUUUCGAAAAAGGAAAUCUGGAGUCCGCUCAGGGCAGUUGCUUCAAUAAGGCUGUUUGAUCAUGUUUGGUAGAAGUUUCAAUUGCGUUUAACUUGGUGUAUAUUUGAGUUAAAAAGAUGGGCGAGGGAAGUCUCGACAUAGACCAAGACUUGGCUCGUCGACUCUUAAUUGAGGGUGCCACUUUAAUGUUACUUAAUGUUCCCCAAGGUACUGAAUUUGGCAUUGAUAUGAAAUCGUGGAACACUGCCGAUAGGUUCAAAGGUUUAAAAAUGAUACCACCUGGUCUACACUUUAUUUAUUACAGUGCUGUGAAUGAACAUGGAGAUGUUGCUCCUCGUGUAGGCUUUUUUCACCAUUUCAAGAAAUCUGAGUUUGUUGUAAAACAAUGGGAUCCCGAUUCUGAAAGUAUUUCAUCGGCAGAAAUAAGUGAAGAGGAAGUGAAAGUUUAUAAGUCAAAUUUACUUAAUCUUGACAAACAUUUAGGGCCCUAUCCUUUUGAUGUGUGGAAGAAGUGGAAGGUCCUAACUGAUAAAAUAACAGAAAGUCAAUCACAGCAGCUAUCUCCUGAAACAGGUUACGUAAGUUCCGCUUUGGAACUAGUCUGUUGUGGGCAAAAUGACCUAUCUCCAAGGAAGGAAAGGAGAGCUCGUGUUAGUACUGCAGAGGAAAAGGAAGAAGAGUUAUUGCCUCAAUUAAAAGCAAGUCCAGGCACAGAGUUACGAUUGACCUGUUUACCAGAAAGAAGUUAUCCAGAAGGUGCUACACCAGCUGAAAUAACCCAACAUUCGUUAGAUUCAAGUUAUAUGCUGGAGACUCUGUUAUCUCAAUUGUCAAGCCCAAUGAAUCUUCUUGGUGAACUACAGUUUGCAUUUGUUUGCUUCCUGGUAGGACAUAGUUUGGAAGCAUUUGAGCACUGGAAAAAACUUAUUCGAUUGCUGUGUUCGUGUGAUAAAGUAGUGCCAAAAUUGCGUGAACUAUACUCAGAAUUUGUUGCAAUUUUGGACAUUCAACUUUUAGAAAUUCCUGAGGAUUUUCUUGUAGAUAUUGUUUCUAGUAAUAAUUUUGUAUACUCAAGCUUGCGUAACUUAUUUUUAAAUUUGCAAAUUAAUGAUUGUGUAGACGGUAGACUGAAAAGUAAAGUUACAAGAUUUAAGGACCGACUUACAGAACGUUUUGAGUGGGAUUUCUCUAAUUUAGAGAGAGAAGACGAUGAAGAAGCUCCUGUAAUUGUGGACACAUCUUGAACGUUAUUUGUGCACCAAUUAUGUUAAUUGUAAAAUAUAUGGAAUUGAAUUUAACUCUUGACAAAUGCACAUAACCCUAAGAUAAAUUUGUUCGAUUUUAUUUUACCAAGUUAAGAACGAUAAAAGGUUGGCAGUUAAUGUUUAAUAAAAAUAUUGAAACACAUUUUCUGGCGGAGAGGACCGAACUGGCAAGUAUAAUUCUACACUACUCUUUUCAAUACAAAGGCAGAUUCCGUUUCAUUCCCAUUUCUUACUGGCCUUUGUUUCCUGGCUUCUGUUGUUCGCUCUUCCAGUUGUUAGCUAAGGCUCAUAACCAGCAGCGGGAUUUGGAGGAAGAGGAAAGAAUAGGAAUUGAAUUUAACACUCCCUCACCCCACCCCUUACUCUCAAUUACCCCAUCCCCCAAACCAGCCCACCUCACCCCUGUUGGGAAUACUAAGAAACUGAGUUUACUACUUCUUACUACUACUACUACUACUACUACUACUACUACUACUACUACUACUACUUAUUACUACUACUUUUAUUUCGAUGCGAACUGUGAGAAUCCAUUAGGGACACUUGGGAGCCACCGCUUUCCCGAAGUAGUGUGAUACUCCCACUCACUAAACUCACAAACUCUUUUACUAAUCGACGUGGUACUGCCCCAGAACUGCGUUAGCAGUACUUCAGGCAGUGUCGAUUCUAGUGAGCCCCAGGUACUUCGCACAUGUUUCUAUAUCUGAGUCUCCGACCUUAAGUGUGACCCGUGUCGGUAUCCAUUUCCUUGUGAAUACAACAAUUUGGGAUUUUCUUCUGCAAGAGACAGACAGUGCUCGCUUAUUCAUC